UAUAAAAGCAGCUGUCCAGUAUUUCAUUCUCAGUAUUUAUUAAUCGUCCACCUUUGAUUCACAUUUUCUGAAAUGGCUUACAAACUGUAUUAUUACGAUAUUCGGGGUGGUGCCGAGCCGAUUAGGAUGAUUCUCUCGUACGGUGGCGUCCAGUUUGAGGACAUUCGUGCCCCCAUGUUCCCACUCCCACCCAAGUUGCCCACGGAAAUAAAGGAAAGAGCGACAUGGGGAACAAUUCCACUGAUGGAGUUCGAAGGGAAAAAACUAAACCAGUCGCUUGCAAUUACUCGCUACUUUGCCAAAAAGUUUGACCUUGUCGGCUCCAACGACUUUGAGGCGGCACAAUGUGACGAAUAUGUUGACACCGUGGUGGACUAUGUGAAGCCUUGGGUUCCCAUCCUGAUGGAGCAGGACGACGUCAAACGGAAGGGGCUGGAACAGGAGCAGAAGGUUAAAUCCAAGGAGCAGUAUAUGGACAAGUUUGAGCAAAUCGUGAAGGACAACGGGGGCCGUUUCCUCGUGGGAAAUACGUUGAGCUGGGCAGACAUUUAUCUGGCACAUGUGCUCAACAGUGGAGAACUAAAUCAUGGCAUACGAUUUAUCGAUGAAUAUCCCGCCCUCAAGUCUAUGUUUGAGAAUGUCAUGAACACUCCAGGGAUUAAGGAAUGGAUGGAGAAGCGACCGGAUACCAAGUACUAAAUUUUUGCAAGUGUGGCGCAAAUUUUUGGUAUAUGUACAAUUUUGUAGAAUUAAAUCAUUUGUUAUUUGUAAAAUAAACCCUCCAAACGAA